CAGAAAGUCAAACCCUUUCUGCUGCAGCAAGGCUCCUCAUCAAGAUGGGCACCAUGCACUACCUCCUGCUUUGUGCUCUCAUCUUCCUGCCUGAGACUCCUGCUUUUCCACUACCACAUAGACCACAACCAUGGAGCAUCAUAGACCUUGAGAAAGUAAAGGGAUAUCUUGAUAAAUUCUUUCCAAUUUUGUCAAAAACACAAAACCUAAGCAUAGAAGAAAGGAUUAAAGAAAUGCAGAAGUUUUUCCACCUGACUGUAACUGGAAAACUAGACAAAGAAACAGAAGGAAUAAUGACAAUGCCCAGAUGUGGAAUGCCUGAUGUAGCAGAAUACCAAACAUUUCCUGGAACUCCAAGAUGGAAAAAGACACAUUUAACUUACAAGAUUCUCAGUUAUACACAGGACCUACCCAGACAGAAAGUGGAAGAUGCAAUUAGAAGGGCCUUGAUGGUAUGGAGUGAUGUGACUCCACUGCAAUUCCGAAAAGUUGACACAGGCCGUGCGGACAUUGAGAUUAGAUUUGCACGUCGUGAGCAUGGAGAUGGAUCUCCUUUUGAUGGAAGAGGUGGCACGCUGGCCCAUGCCUUCGCACCUGGAGAAGGGAUUGGUGGAGAUGCUCAUUUUGAUGAUGAUGAAAAAUGGUCAGAUGUAAAUCAAGAUGUCAAUUUGUUCCUCGUUGCUGCUCAUGAAUUUGGCCAUUCUUUGGGACUUGCUCACUCCAAUGUCCGUGGAGCUCUGAUGUACCCUCUCUACUCAUAUCAGAACCCACAAACCUUCAGACUCCCAGCAGACGACAGAAGAGGAAUUCAGAAGUUAUACGGGAAAAAGCCAUCAAACUCUUGA